AUGCUGGCUACUGCCCGGCAGGUUAUGGGCGAUUUGGGUGGAAAAUUCCCCGAUAGCUAUGAAGGCCUGCUUGGCCUUAAAGGUGUGGGACCCUAUACCGCUGCCGCAAUUGCCUCCUUUGCCUACGGACUGCCACAGGCGGUGGUGGAUGGAAAUGUAAACAGGGUACUGUCGCGUUACUUCGGCAUUGAUACCCCGUUUGAUACAACCGAAGGGAAAAAGAAGUUUCAGCAACUGGCUUCCGAGCUGCUGGAUACGACAGAUAGUGCCGCCUAUAACCAGGCGAUUAUGGACCUCGGUGCCACGGGCGUUGAUAUUGCCGCUACGGAAAAGAUCCUCAUCCACUUUAUCGCUGUGGCCAUAGGAGACAUAUGGCGACUGGGCACUAAUGGUGCUGCUGUCUGA